CUUACAACCGGUUUCGAGUCAAACGUCGAGGAAAUGAUGCUUUCAGUGGCCUCUCCGAUGAUGGAAUAGUGUCCAGUGUCCAUAUCCAGACCCGUUGGUUGUGAUUCGGUGCCAUUAUCAAGCAUACAGCAUAAUGCAACGAAAGGUUUAAUUGAUUGCUGUCAUGACUGGAGCUGAGACUGAAGAUGACAUUCCUUUUGGUGAAAGGAAGACAGUCACAGAUUUUUGCUAUCUCCUGGACAAAUCCAAACAACUUUUCAAUGGCUUGAGAGACCUUCCUCAGUAUGGACACAAGCAGUGGCAGUCCUACUUUGGGCGGACUUUUGACGUCUACACCAAGCUGUGGAAAUUUCAGCAGCAGCACAGGCAGGUUCUGGAUAGUCGCUAUGGCUUGAAGAGAUGGCAGAUUGGGGAAGUUGCAUCCAAAAUUGGGCAGCUUUAUUACCACUAUUACCUCCGUACAUCAGAAACAAGCUACCUGAAUGAGGCGUUUUCUUUCUACUCAGCCAUUCGGCAGAGGUCCUACUACUACCAAGUCAAUAGAGAGGACAGGCCAGAAUUAGUUGUGAAGAAGCUUCGAUAUUAUGCCCGAUAUAUCGUUGUCUGUUUACUGCUGAACAAGAUGGACCUGGUCAAGAUUUUGGUGAAGGAGUUAUCUGAAGAGAUUGAAGAUUAUACACAACGAUUCAACACUGAGGAUCAGUUGGAAUGGAACCUGGUACUUCAGGAGGUGGCAUCUUUUGUUGAGGCAGAUCCAGUGGUAAUACUGGAGGACAACAAUUCUGUUGCUGUCAUCAGCUAUCGUCUUCAAGAAGGAUGUGUGCCUCCCUUGGAACAAGGCAUGGUAGUUGGGCAGCUGGUCCUUGCAGAUGCACUCAUCAUUGGCAAUUCUAACAGCCAGGUGAAGUUCAGUGAAUUGACUAUAGACAUGUUCCGUAUGCUUCAAGCACUGGAGAGGGAACCAGCAAAUCUUGCGACACAGACAUCAAAGCAAGGAAUUUUGGAACCCUCUGAGAAGCCUGCGAAACGGGAAAACCCUCACAAGUAUCUACUUUAUAAGCCAACAUUUAGCCAGCUUUUUACAUUCCUGUCUGCCUCCUUUAAAGAAUUGCCAGCAAACAGUGUUCUGCUAGUAUACUUGUCAGCAACCGGAGUUUUUCCAUCGGUACAUUCAGAAUAUGAAGGACCAUUUGAUUUUGGAGGGGUUCUCACAAAUUCCAACCGGGAUAUUGUAAAUGGAGAAGUGAUUCAGAAGCGAAAUCAGUCCCAUAAAGAAAUGCACUGUCUUCAUCCUGGUGACUUACUCCCCUUUACCCGGAAGCCACUUUUUAUUAUCGUGGAUUCCACAAACAGCACUUCUUAUAAGAAUUUCACAAAUAUGUUCGGCCAACCUUUGGUGUGCCUACUAUCACCAAAAGUAUAUCCCAAGAGUGUACAAGAUCAGUCUCAACGCGGGAGUCUCUUCACCCUGUUCCUCUACAGCCCGCUCUUGGCUUUCUUCUCUGUGUGUGGCUUAAGCAGCGUGAGACGAGAACUUUGGCACAGCGCUCAAGAAUUUCUUCACAAAGUUGAUCGUGACAUUGGGCAAAUGAUAACACAAUCGCCAACGAUAGAUCAAGCCUUUUUGCAAUUCUUUGGUGAUGAAUUCCUUCGACUGCUGCUUAUCCGCUUUGUGUUUUGCUCAGCUGCAUUGAGGCUGCAUAAAGUGUUUCGUGAGGCACAGAGCUUCCCUGAGUCAUAUCCUGAGCUCCCCAAACAAGACACGGUGGAGAACAGUAUUCUUCAGAAGCAUAUUUUGAAGAUGGCAACCCUACUGGAUGUGCAGAACAUGUUUUGGGAUGAUUCAGUGGAAGCCUACUGAGCUUUUGUUUUUUUUGUUUUUCACAGGACCAAAUAUCUUGUGUGGAAAAGUCUACACAUACAGUAUACACAAAUGCCACAGCCCUUGUAGCAUUUUAUUCAUUUUAAAAAUCAUUUAUACAGUAAAAAGGGGUUUCAAAUCAUUUUUGUUUAUCCAAAUUCAAUUCAAUUCAACAAUUUAAAUUGAACUGACAUGUGGUGCAUUAUUUUUCUACAUUGCAUGUCCUCUAUUGGUUUGUAAGGAGUUAGAGCAUAUCCCGGCUGAUUUUGGGCACCAGCCAAUCACAGGGACCAAUGAAGUCAUCGGGUCUUAAACUUGGUGAAGGCACUGAACCAGCUUCCGUAAUUGGAAAGACAAAAUUGGUUUGUUCCUAUUCAGAAACAUAAGCACUAAUUUUUUAAUCAGUGAACAUAAUUGACUUUGCAUUAGUUGCAAUGUUUGAAAAGCUAUAUAUAUAUAUAUUAUAUAAAAAUCGAAUUUUACAUUUCAAAAUAAAACCCCUCAAUUUUUCGUUUAACUCAAUGUAGAAAAGCUCAGAAAUGCACAUCUUCACUCACCUUGGUAAGUGCCACUCUAACCUCAUUUUCUUAGCGAAUUGUGUUCCUUUCCUUUUGUUUUUUUAAAGCUUGCCAUCCUGUAAAAAAAAUGAAACGCAUACUACGCACUCGUGUAUGGUGCUCUCUAUGUCAGCUACAGCGGUGCAGUAGCUGUCUUAUGUUGUCAAUAAACAGUGUUCACUGAACGAUGGUACGAUAUGAGUAGCGAAAAUCUAUUUUGUAUAAAUUUUUAAAUUAUGAAUACAAAAUAUCAAUAACGUGAGACUUCUUUGCACAUUGUAAGCUUUUUCAGAAAUUGAACAUAAUUAGGGCACGAAAGGUGUAUUUGAUCAAGUCAAAAUGUGAUCAACAACGCUGUCAAUCAUAGUCUUAAUUUGACAUGCUUACAAGACUUUUGGAUAUUUAUUAUUUGCAAAAUUUGCAAAACAUUAUCUCCAUUUCUUAUUUAUACAUCCUGUGAAUAUUUAAUCAUAGACUUCAUAAUGUAUUGACGGGACACAGGGCCGAUAAAUAGGAUGCCUGCAUUGUUGGCGAGGCAGUCAAAGUUGACCGAGUGGAAUCACAGACAAAUAGCAUUUGCGUUGAAAAUUCUUCUGAAUAAAUGCUUAAAGCCCUGAAUUGUUAAUAGAUAUGGACGUUAAACAGUCUCAAAUCUUGGUUAAAAGCAAAAAACAAACAAACGUGCAAUUAGCAUGGAUUAUACGUAAAUAUGUCGAAGUACGAUGUUAGUCCGGCUAGUAAAUGUAGGUAGCAGCCGCCUUAUGUAAACAGAGCUUUUCCGGUGAAAAUUCUUGUGAAUAAAUGCUUAAACCUCCGAAUUAUUUAUACAUAUGGAUGUAAAACAUUCUCGAUUCUUGGUUAAAAGCAAAAAAAAAGUGCAGUUAGCAUUUAUUUGACGUAAAUAUGUCGAAGUAUGAUGCUAGUCCGGCUAGUAAAUGUAGGUAGCGGCCGCCUUAUGUAAACAGCUUUUCCGGUGAAAAUUAAUGUGAAUAAAUGCAGAAAAUCCCCGAAUUCUUUAUGGAUAUGUACGUGAAACGGUCUCAAUUCUUGGUUAAAAGCAAAAAAAAAUGUGCAGUUAGCAUUUAUUUGGCGUAAAUAUGUCAAAGUAAAAUGCUAGUCUGUUUUCCGGUGAAAAUUCUUGUGAAUAAAGGCUUAAAUCCCUGAAUUCUUUAUAGAUAUGGACGUAAAACUGUCUUGAGUCUUGGUUAAAAGCAAAAAAAAGUGCAGUUAGCAUUUAUUUGACGUAAAUAUGUUGAAGUACAAUGCUAGUCCGGCUAGUAAAUGUAGGUAGCGGCCGCUUUAUGUAAACAGCGCUUUUCUGGUGAAAAUUCUCGUGAAUUAAUGCUGAAAUCCACAAAUUCUUUAUGGAUAUGGACGUAAAACAGUCUCAAUUCUUGGUUAAAAGCAAAAUAAAUGUGCAGUUAGCAUUUAUUUGACGUAAAUAUGUCGAAGUAAAAUGCUAGUCUUUUAGUAAAUGGAGCUAGCGGCCGCCUUAUGUAAACAGAGCUUUUCCGGUGAAAAUUCUUGUGAAUAAAUGCUGAAAUCCCCGAAUUCUUUGUAGAUAUGGACGUAAAACAGUCUUGAUUCUUGGUUAAAAGCAAAAAAAAUGUGCAGUAAGCAUUUAUUUGACGUAAAUAUGUCGAAGUACAAUGCUAGUGUGUUAAUGAAUAUAGUUAGGGCUGCCUUAUGUAAACAAGAGGUUUUCCAGUGAAAAUGUUUGUGAAUAAAUGCUUAAAUCCCCAAAUUCUUUGAUAUAGAUAUGGACGUAAAACAGUCUCGAUUCUUAGUUAAAAGCAAAAAAAACAAAGUGCUGUUAGCAUAUUUUUUAUGUAAAUAUUGCGAACUAUGAUGCCAAUGCAGUAGCGGCUAAUUUCUCCCAUUGAUUUUUUUCACAACGUUUCAAAAUGCAUGCGUUGUACGAAAAAUAUAAUAAUUACCUUGAAUCCUCGAAGAAAGUACUCUUGAGACAAUCCUUCCUGUUUGUAUUGUUGUUUGGAUUGCGUUAGAUCGCUGCAUGCUGUUUGCGAAUAGCUCUUCUUGAUUUGGGCGGCCCCCUACUUGAACGCGCGGCGCAGUGCAUGCCCGAUCUGACCAGUCAAUACCACUUUGAAGUCUAUGAUUUUUUUUUUUUUAAAGAUAUGGCGCUCUAACAAGUUUUGGUUAUUUAUGUGUGAUGAAAACGUUUGAGUUAUAUUUUGAACAUGAAAAAAAUUGUAAUAACUGAAAUGCACACACAAGGUUGAUGGCAUGUUUUGGACUGUGGCAGGAAAAUCAGGUAUAAAUUGAUACAAUGUUAUGUGGAAUACCAGCACUAAAAAAAAAAUCUUUCACAAGUUGGAAGCAAGAAGUAAACAUGGCAACUAAUUACUAUGUGUCAUGCAGUAAAUUAGGAGAAACUAUUUUUCAUAUUUACGCUAUUCCUGCUGCAUCUGUGUAAAUAUAAUGUAUAGAAAUGUAAUGUCAGAAGUGUCUAAAUGUUAUUUGUUCAUUUUUAAAGAGCUGAUUUGAAACUUUGCUUCAAAUUUGUAUAGCACACAUUUGUGUUGUUGUGGGCGUUAAGGUUUGCCUACCAUCCUAAAUUCACGCUUUGGGAUCACAAACAUUAGAUUCUACAUAUUUAUUUGUAUAGUGUUUUUGAUGUUUAAAAUUUCCGAACUUUUUCCACUAGGCAACAAAAUAUGAAUACAUUGAAUUUUCCAUUCCUUUUUUUUUUUGUCUUUGCUUUGCCACGAGUUGCCGUAGUUUAAAGAAGAAUACAGUAAGGAGCAGAAGUAUUUGCACCCCUUGUGAUUUUUCAAGUUCACCCACUUAGAAAAAAAUAGGUAGAGGUCUGAAAUUUCAAUCAUAGAUGUAUUUCCACUUAUACAGUGCUGGCCAAAAGUAUUGGCACCCCUGCAAUUCUGUCAGAUAAUGCUCAGUUUCUCUCAGAAAAUGAUUGCAAUGGCAUACCGCAAGCAACACGUCACUUCCGCUCAUUAAUAUUCAUGACAUUAGCUACUGUUGCUAAGUAAGGACAGGCCACCGUUUGUCCCUAAUAGGAAAUGAAUGGAAAUCGUGUACGAAGGAGAUGUUUACAGCGCUAAACCUACCAAUUCUCUCCGAAAAUGAUGUGCCUGGUGCCAAAUUGACUGGCAAAGAUGUGGAAGAACAUGAAAAUGUUCAGUUAAAGAGAUGGCUUGAGUGUCGAAGGCUGAAAAAGACGAAAAAAAACGAGCCGACCUAAGCAUAGCUUUAGCUUUUUUAUCGACGCGACUGACAAUGACAUUCUCCUGUUUCAACAAGCUAUCCUUUACCAUCAGCCCUGUCUUUCUUAUAUAUCCUCUGGUUGUCCUACGUCUCUUACCGUUCUUGGGGGUAAUUUAGUUAGCUUCGUGUAGCGAUCGCAAAUGCUACUCAGUGACAGCCAACGAACACUUUUAAUUUUUUCAUUGAUAACACAUCUUAAUCCUAUAAUUUAUUUACACUUCCCCCUUACUAAAGUUGUUUUUUUAUAUAUAUAUAACAGAAACAGUAACAGUGGCAGUCAGAUACCAUUGUAAUUCUUUUCAGAUCAUUAAUUGUCAGACAGAAGCAGUACGGCACAACGUUACGCUAAAAAAAUAAGUUAAAACUAUAAAAAUGGCUUACCUCUUUGUCCUCUGAAAGACCAUGCCAACCCAACAUAAUGUUUACUGCAAAUGAAACGUGAAUGGAUUCACCGAGCUGGUGUUUAAGUCCGCGCAAGUUGAUUCGGUCUUCACAUUUUUUCCUCCCGAGUUUUUGGUUCCGGAAACGUAUGAAGAAAACAUCCUUCAUGUGUCGUAAUGUCUAGAGUCGUUUCUACAAGUUCCAAAAAAAAGCAAUGCGUGAUCGGCAUGUUCGUUUUUGAAAGAUUACCGGAGAAAAGUAGCACUUUUUACGUUGGGUCUAUGCGAGGCCGGGUCUAUAAUGUCCCACUUCGGCGUUACUUCCGCUUUACGAUGCGACGUCACGGUCUAAAAAUAGCCUGCGUGCGGUACGCUAUUACAAAUGCUUUGGUAGUAAUAUGUCCUUUUAUUUUUGCUUGCAAUGAAAAAACACAAAAGAAAUUGGAACAAAAAAUUAAAUCAUUAUCAUUUUACACAAAACUCCAAAAAUGGGCCGGACAAAAGUAUCGGCGUGCUCCUUCUCUAAUUUGUGUAACUAAAAGCCCUUGUUACUUAACUGUGGCACAUAACAGGUGGUGGCAAUAACUAAAUCACACUUGCAGCCAGUUAAAAUGGAUUAAAGUUGACUCAACCUCUGUCCGGUGUCCUUAUGUGUACCACAUUGAGCAUGGAGAGAAGAAAGAAGACAAAACAACCAGUCUGAGGACUUCAGAAGCAAAAUUCGUGAGGAAGCAUGGGCAAUCCCCAGGCUACAAGUCCAUCUCCAAGCGACCUGAAUGUUCCUGUGUUUACCGUGCGCAAAUUCAUCAAUAAGUGUAAAGCCCAUGGCACUGUGGCUAACAUCCCUAGAUGUGGAUGGAAAAGAAAAAUUGACGAGAAAUUUCAACAAAAGAUUGUGUGGAUGGUGGAUAAAGAACCUUGACUAACAUCCAAACAAGUUCAAGCUGUCCUGCAGUCCGAGGGUUCAACAGUGUAUCCGUCGGUGUCUGAAUGAAAAGGGACUCUAUGGUAAGGUACCCAAGAAGACCCCACUUCUGACAUGAAAAAGCCAGGCUGGAGUUUGCCAAAACUUACCUGAGAAAGCUAAAAACGUUUUGGAAGAAUGUUCUCUGGUCAGAUGAGACAAAAGUAGAGCUUUUUGGGAAAAGGCAUCAACAUAGUUUACAGGGAAAAAAAACAAGGCCUUCAAAGAAAAGAACACAGUCCCCACAGUCAAAGAUGGAGGAGGUCCCUAAUGUUUUGGGGUUGCUUUGCUUCCUCUGGCACUGGACUGCUUGACCGUGUGCAUGGCAUUAUGAAGUCUGAAGACAACCAUCAAAUUUUGCAGCACAAUGUAGGGCCCAGUGGGAGAAAGCUGGGUCUCCCUCAGAGGUCAUGGGUCUUCCAGCCGGAUAAUGACCCAAAACACACUUCAAAAAGCACUAGAAAAUUGUUUGAUAAAAAGCACUAGAGACUUCUAAAGUGGCCAGCAAUGAGUCCAUAGAACACCUGUGGAGAGAUCUGAAAAUGGCACCCUUCAAAUCUCAGAGACCUGGAGCAGUUGGCCCAAGAAGAAUGGUCUGAAAUUCCAGCAGAGCAUUGUAAGAAACUCAUUGUGGAUACCGGAAGCAGUUGUUCGCAGUUAUUUAGUCUAAAGGUUGUGUUACCAAGUAUUAGGCUGAGGGUGCCAAUACUUUUGUCCAGCUCAGUUUUGGAGUUUUGUGUAAAACUAUUGUAACUAUUUUCAUUGCAAGCAAAAUGAAUGAAGAUAUUCCUACCAAGGCAUUUGUAAUUGCAAUCAUUUUCUGGGAGAAAUUGAGCAGUAUCUGACAGAAUUGCAAGGGUGCCAAUACUAUUGGCCAGCACUGUAUUUUCUAAGUGGGUGAACUUGCAAAAUCACAAGAAACACAGAACAUUUUCUUUCAUUAGAAAACACUGGACAACAAUUUGUAAAUUGUAUGCUCUGUGAUUUCUUAUCACUGAAGUGGGAAUUGAGAAAUUAAGUUCCAACUUUGGAAAGAGUUUUACUGGUCAUUUACAGUGUAUCACAAAAGUGAGUACACCCCUCGCAUUUCUGCAGAUAUUUAAGUACAUCUUUUCAUGGGACAACACUGACAAAAUGACACUUUGACACAAUGAAAAGUAGUCUGUCUGCAGCUUUUAUA